AUGAACCAUGGAGUGUUGGAUGAAGGGAUGAGGAUGAUGAAGGAGAACGUGCAAGGGUUCUUCGAUCUGCCCCACCACGAGAAGCAAAAGUCAGCCCAGAAACCCGGAAGUCUCGAAGGUUACGGGCAGGCUUUCGUCACCUCUCACGACCGGAAGCUGCAGUGGAACGACGCGAUCUUCCUCAAAUGCCAUCCUGCUCAUGCGAGAAAUCUCGAUCUGUGGCCAAAAAAUCCCCCGGAAUUCAGGCGGAUUGGAUCUGUUGACGAAAAGUUUCGGAGAAGGGAAAUACGAGGUCGGGAUGAAUUACUACCCAGCAUGCCCGUAACCCGAGAGAGCAAUAGGCUGUUGCCACAUGCCGACAUCUCGGGGAUCACCCCCGUUGACGGAGUGUGGCGACAUCCACGCCUUCGGGUCCUUAGCAAGGACAACUGCUGGGUCACGGUUCCACCCGUUCCCGGCGGCAUCGUCGUGAAUUUAGGUCAAAUCAUGGAGGUUUACAGCAAUGGCACGCACAGAGCGCCGAAUCACAGAGCACUGGUGAACAAAGAGAAGGAGAGGGUGUCCAUAGCAACCUUUUGCUAUCCCGCCCGUCUGUUCGGCCGGACCUUCUCCCGGCUCCUCGCAGCCACCGGACUCCCCCUAUCUACCAAAACCCUCUCGAACUCGGAGAAUUCCUGCGGUGCUUCUUAA